AUGAUUGGACGCAGAGACGGAGCAUUGAUGAGAACCAACAACAGCAAUCAAUCACUGCGUAAAUCAAGAAUUGCAAUUGCAAUUGCCGUUGGAAUAUUCCUUGGAUGUAUCUUCGCUUUAUUUUUCCCUCAUGGAAUAUUCUAUUCCAAUUCUCCCCACUUUCACCAUCAACAUCUCACAAGAUCCAUUUCCAAGGUGGUAUCAACAUCUUGUGAAUCAUCCGACAAGCUGAACAUGUUAAAAGGAAAGUUUGUGGCUGAAUCAGAGAAAAAUGCUGAGUUGAAAAAACAGAUUAAUGUGUUGACUGAAAAGCUUAGAUUAGCUGAGCAAGGUAAAGAUCAUGCAGAGAAGCAAGUGUUGGUGCUGGGUGAACCGCAUAAAGCAGGGCCUUUUGGUACCGUUCAGGGUUUAAGGACGAACCCAACAAUCGUUCCAGAUGAUUCUGUGAACCCGAGGUUAGCAAAAAUUUUAGAGGAAGUUGCUGUUGGGAAGGAACUUAUAGUUGCUUUGGCAAAUUCAAAUGUAAAGGAGAUGUUGGAGGUUUGGUUUACAAGCAUCCAGAAAGUGGGGAUACCCAAUUAUUUGGUUGUUGCUUUGGAUGAUGAGAUUGCCGAGUUUUGUGAAAAGAAUGAUGUUCCAGUGUAUAAGAGAGACCCAGAUGAGGGAAUUGAUUCUGUAGGAAAGACUGGAGGCAAUCAUGCUGUUUCGGGACUGAAAUUUCAUAUCUUGAGGGAAUUUUUGCAGCUCGGAUACAGUGUUCUUCUAUCAGAUGUUGAUAUUGUGUUUUUGCAAAACCCUUUCCAUUAUCUUUAUAGAGAUUCAGAUGUGGAAUCCAUGAGUGAUGGCCACAAUAAUAUGACAGCUUAUGGUUAUAAUGAUGUUUUCGAUGAACCUGCAAUGGGUUGGGCUCGAUAUGCCCAUACAAUGAGGAUAUGGGUUUACAACUCUGGCUUUUUCUACAUCAGACCAACAAUUCCUUCAAUCGAGCUUUUGGAUCGUGUUGCCAAUCGGCUAUCUCAUGGGAAUGCUUGGGACCAGGCAGUUUUCAAUGAGGAACUCUUUUUCCCUUCACAUCCUGGGUAUGAUGGACUUUAUGCAUCCAGGAGAACUAUGGAUUUCUAUCUCUUUAUGAACAGCAAGGUCCUCUUCAAAACUGUGCGGAAAAAUGCUAACUUAAGCAAGCUCAAGCCAGUGAUUGUGCAUAUAAAUUACCAUCCUGAUAAGCUUCCACGUAUGCAAGCAGUGGUGGAAUUCUAUGUUAAUGGCAAGCAAGAUGCACUAAGCUCUUUCCCUGAUGGAUCAGAAUGA